CGAAUUUCACGGUGACGGUGGCUAUUACCAGAAGACAAACCAGAACAUGGUCAACUACUACCCCAACACCUAAAAAUCAGCCCUCUCUCUUCCUUCUCUCUCUCUUUCCUUUUAUCUGAUCUUGAAUUCCCUAUUUCACCGGCGACGAUAUGUCAGUCGCCGGAGCGAUUAACCCUGUACCAAUUGCACCCACCACUCGCCGCCGUGUCGGCGAUUCUCUAGACGUAAUCUCCGAACGACCCUCGAAUUCAUCUGACUACAGCAAUACAGUUAAUCAACCCAUCGUUGGAUCAACAGAUUUAGACGGUGGAGAUGCGAGCGGCCAAGACUCGUCACCAUCUUCGGAAAGCUCUGCUUCUUCUACUGGAUCUCAUUACCAUCACGAUCACUAUCACCGAUUUUACAAUCAUCCGGCGAUUCGUUACCUUCUUCUCCGAAAAUUCUGGAUUCCGUUUGGUGGUGGUGGUGGAUCGACGGUUAUGAUUGGUCAAGGGUUUAGAUCCGGGAGAAACGUGGGUCGUCGGAUCUUGGGUCUUCUAAUGGUGCUUGUGGUUGCGUCUGUGUUUCUUAGGGUCUACCUUAUGGGUGGUGUGCGUGUGGUUGAUCACGCUCGUUUGAAGGAGUUUGUUGUUGUUAGAACGCUUCGUGAUGAUUGGUCAAUGGCUCAACGUGAAGUUGCAGAGAACCAAGCUUCUUCUCAGCCAAUGCGUGUUCUCGAAAAACUUCCCAUUCCGGAAAUUUGGCAGAAACCUGAAAGAGGGAAUUACCGCCAAUGUGUGGCGCGUCCCAAGAACUACACAAGACUGUACCGCCAAACCAAUGGGUAUCUUUUAGUUCACGCAAAUGGAGGAUUGAAUCAGAUGAGAACUGGGAUAUGUGACAUGGUCGCUGUUGCCAAAAUCAUGAAUGCAACUCUUGUUCUUCCUCUGCUUGACCAUGAAUCUUUCUGGACUGACCCGAGCACGUUCAAAGAUAUUUUUGACUGGAGAAACUUCAUGAACGUAUUGAAACACGAUGUUGACAUUGUCGAGUACCUGCCUCCUCAGUAUGCCGCAAUGAAACCUCUUCUCAAGGCCCCUGUUUCUUGGUCCAAGGCUAGUUACUACAGAAGCGAAAUGUUGCCAUUGUUGAAACGUCACAAGGUGUUAAAGUUCAUGCUUACUGACUCACGGCUUGCUAACAAUGGCUUGCCACCAUCGAUCCAACGACUGAGAUGUCGUGCUAAUUACCAGGCACUGCUAUACACAAAGGAGAUUGAGGACCUAGGGAAGAUUUUGGUUAACCGGUUAAGAAACAAUAGUGAGCCUUAUAUAGCUCUGCAUUUGAGAUAUGAGAAGGACAUGCUUGCCUUUACAGGAUGCAACCACAAUCUUACAACUGAAGAUGCUGAAGAGCUGAGAAUCAUGAGGUACAGUGUCAAACAUUGGAAGGAGAAAGAGAUUGAUAGCCGAGAGAGACGGAUUCAAGGCGGAUGUCCAAUGUCUCCGCGAGAAGCAGCUAUAUUUCUAAAGGCCAUGGGAUAUCCGUCCUCCACCACUGUAUAUAUAGUUGCUGGUGAAAUCUAUGGAAGCAAGAGUAUGGAUGCUUUCCGUGCAGAGUACCCAAAUGUCUUCUCUCAUUCAACUCUUGCGACUGAAGAAGAGUUAGAGCCUUUCAGUCAAUACCAGAACCGCCUUGCUGCGUUGGACUACAUUGUGGCCCUUGAAAGUGAUGUUUUUGUGUAUACAUAUGAUGGUAAUAUGGCUAAGGCGGUACAAGGGCACAGAAGGUUCGAAGGGUUUAGGAAGUCCAUAAAUCCAGACAGGCUGAAUUUUGUUAGACUGAUAGAUCAUUUUGAUGAGGGUAUCAUAUCUUGGGAAGAGUUUUCUUCUGAGGUUAAGAGAUUAAAUAGAGACAGGAUUGGAGCGGCAUAUGCGAGACUGCCUGCUGCACUUCCCAGACUAGAGGAGAAUUUCUAUGCGAACCCACAACCCGAUUGCAUCUGUAACAAGUCUCAUCCUGAGCAGCUCAGGAAACAAUCAAGUCUAAGAACAGACUCAAAGAGCUGGAAGAAGAGUGCCUUAAGAUAGCAGUGAUACAGUAAUCGAAAAGAGUCAAGAUUGUGCAUCAGGACAUAGAACAAUCUGCUUCGAGUUUAUAGUCUUUGUACACUAUAGGAAACAGAGGUAACCUGAGUUUUUGGAAGAUUCAGACAGCUUGUAGGAUCGAUUUCACCAUACAGGAGCGUCAUGACUUGGGUCAGCUCGAGCAAGUUUGUGACCUUGCACGGGAAGCUGUGUAGAACAAAAGAGAGAUAUCAUG